GCGGAGAUGAACGCCCUCGAAGCUCUCACUUUCGGUCACUAACCUGCGCCCACGACGCCCUCCACUGCCUUCAACAACAACACGAGCGGCACCGCGCAAAGCAUCUACGCGAUCGCGCAUCAUCAAGACACGCAUUGACAAGUCACAACGCGAAUCGCGACCUCGGACCCCGCAAGCUGGCACGCGCUCCAGCGCAACUGCACUGAAGAUGCCUGCACCGCUACACUCCGACGGGAGCGACGUCGACAUUCCCGACGCUAUACCCGCCAAAGCAGUCAAAACCCAGCCCGAGGAGUCCGAGGACGACGAUGAGGCGGAAGAUGAAUACGCGGUGGAGAAGAUUUUGAGUCACAAAUUUGUUAGGGGCAAGACUGUAUACGAGAUAAAAUGGGUCGGUUACGAUGACGAAGCAGAUCGCACAUGGGAGCCGAUUGAGAAUCUCGAGGAGGGAGCGAAAGAUCUGCUAGAAGCAUACCACCGGAAGGUUGGCGGCACCCCUGAACCUCCUAACAAGAACAAAGACAAGAAGAGCGCGAAGAAAAGUCUAGGCAAGCGAGCGUCUUCCGCCAUGGAAGAAUCACCCGCACCAACUUCCAGCAAGAAAGGCCGUUCGCGGAAGUCAGAGACCAACGGCGCCGAAUGGACACCCCCGCUUGGACUCUGGGAAGAUCACGUAACGCGUGUCACAGCGAUCAUCGAAGGCGAUGAAGUGGACGAAGAUGGCACAAUCAACAAGAGCAGGGGGGUCCAAACCCUCGAAGGGCUGCUCGAGUGGAACAAUGAUCGCAAAACCCAGCACAAAAUGCCCGUCUUGCGCCAGAAAUGCCCACAACGAUUACUCGACUACUAUGAAGGUCACUUACAAUUUGUAGAUUAAAGCCGAAAUUGGAGGCUUUGGAGGAGGACGAUCCAGUAUACUGAGCUGACGCCUGCUUUUUGCAUAUAGGGUGUUUCAAGGCGACCCAAGCUUGAACGAAUGACCGACAAGAGUGUCAAAUGUACGAAGAAGAAGUGGCUUGAUGGGGACAUGGUCAUUUGUUUCCAGCUCGGCUGUGCAGAUUUCAGCAUGGCGUCAAAUGGCGCAAGAUGGAUUUUUGGCAAGUUCGGGGUCUUUUGCUUCGAAACGUCCUGGCUACGGCCAUGAUGGUCAUGUUUUAGCAAAAAUUCGACUGGAUAGGUGGGGUCUUCAAUCCAUAUCGCUCUCCUGGCC